UUUAAGAAAACAAAGCUUCCUUCGAUUCAUGAAUUUCAUGGGAUUCUAAGUGGUGAGUAUUAUGAUUUCUAUCUCGAGACUGAUAUACUCAGCUUUGCUGAUGUCUUGACACAGCUUCAAAAAAUGUCUAUGGAAUAUGAUGGGCUUGAUCCUAAUUAUUAUGUCUCUCUUCCAUCAUAUUUCUGA